AGUUCAAACAUCAAUUUUACCAUACAAAUUAUCCAUACAUAAAAGACCACUCUACAAAAUUCAAACAAAUCACAAUUACACUAAAUAAAAGCACACAGAAUGAGUGUAGUAAGAGUUAGAUUGUAGAAAAUUAGAAUUCAGGUAGGGUUUGGGGAGAGUAGAGCGACAAAAUAAGUGUGAGCGGGUAUUGUUACGACCCAAAAUGUCGUGACCGUGUUGAUCGUCUGAAGAACGCUGCCAUCUGGUCGUCUUGCCACGAGAGGGGUAAAGGGGGCGACAUUAGCGAGAAGGCGUUGUCUGCCUGUGCAUCGUUUCUGGAAGAGUCAGGAUGUGGCUAUGAAGGGGAUCGUUGCAAGAGAAGGCACAACUGGUCGGAGGCUAUUGUCGUCUUCCUGAUGAGCCCAAGGCAGGGCGAAACCAGUUGGCAUGCGUAUGCAGAGAAGCUGGUCUUGAGGAAGGAGUGCACCUCAAGACGCCGCACGGACUUCGGAAGUCUAUGUCCGUGACAAGUGGUAUCAGAGCCUAGUUAGGCUGAAGAGCCUAGUUCCUUUCUCAGUACGGCAUAGUUCGAGUAUGGGCCGACCCUAUGCCUAAAUGAGAGGCAGUCCUAGGUGUGCAUAUCAGGCGGUCCGGACGCAGAUACACAUGUGUUGCGCCGUUGUGGGGGACCUCGACAGGCUGAAGAUGCAGCGGUCGAGAAUGCCGUUCAACCGAGGAACUAACGCUAGCGAGAGCGUAGGGUGAAGGUCUAUUGAGAUACAAACGCGGGAGUAGCGUAGGGUGAAGGUCGACUGAGGUACUAGCGCAGCAGAAGCAAAGAGUGAAGGUUGAUGUCGAGGGGCGAAGCGGGGCACAACAGGCUAGCGCGACGACGCGACCGGAGCCUGUCCAUUAGAGGAUGGUAUCGUAUGCGGACGCCCACAAUCGGUUCGAGAGUUGCAAUACAUGUUGCGGAGAGAAGCAUUCUUCACCAGCACGAGGACGUGCUGCACUAUGAGUGGUGGAAAAUGUCACGACCCAAAAUGUCAUGACCGUGUUGAUCGUCUUAAGAACGCUGCCAUCUGGUCGUCUUGUCACGAGAGGGGUAAAGGGGCGACAUUAGCGAUAAGGCGUUGUCUGCCUGUGCAUCGUUUCUGAACGAGUCAGGAUGUGGCUAUGAAAGGGAUCAUUUCAAGAGAAGGCACAACUAGUCGGAGGCUAUUGCCGUCUCCCUGAUGAGCCCAAGGCAGGGUGAAACCAGUUGGCAUGCGUAUGCAGAGACACUGGUCUUAAGGAAGGAGUGCACCUCAAGACGCCGCACGGUCUUCGGAAGUCUAUGUCCGUGACAAGUGGUAUCAGAGCCUGGUUAGGCUGAAGAGCCUAGUUCCUCUCUCAAUACGGCAUAGGUCUAGUAUGGGCCGACCCUAUGCCUGAAUGAGAGGCAGUCCUGGGUGUGCAUAUCAGGCAGUCCAGACGCAGAUACACAUGUAUUGAGCCGUUGUGGGGGACCUCGACAGGCUGAAGAUGCAGCGUUCGAGCAUGCCGUUAAACCAAGGAAAUAAUGCUAGCGAGAGCGUAGGGUGAAGGUCGAUUGAGUUACAAACACCGGGAGUAGCGUAGGGUGAAGGUCGACUGAGGUACUAGCGCAGCAGAAGCAAAGAGUGAAGGUUGAUGUCAAGGGGCGAAGCGGUAUGUGAGCGGGGCACAGCAAGCUAGCGCGAGGACGCGACCGGAGCCUGUCCAUUAGAGGAUGGUAUCGUAUGCGAACGCCCACAAUCGGUUCGAGAGUUUCAAUACAUGCUGCAGAGAGAAGCAUUCUUCACCAGCACGAGGACGUGUUGCAUUAUGAGUGGUGGAGAAUCUCGCGACCCGAAAUGUCGUGACCGUGUUGAUCGUCUUAAGAACGCUGCCAUCCGGUCGUCUUGCCACGAGAGGGGUAAAGGGGGCGACAUUAGCGAUAAGGCGUUGUCUGCCUGUGCAUCGUUUUUGGCCAAGUCAGGAUGUGGCUAUGAAGGGGAUCACUGCAAGAGAAGGCACAACUGGUCGGAGGCCAUUGCCGUCUCCCUGUUGAGCCCAAGGCAGGACGAAACCAGUUGGCAUGCGUAUGUAGAGAGGCUGGUCUUGAGGAAGGAGUGCACCUCAAGACGCCGCACGGACUUCAGAAGUCUAUGUCCGUGACAGUAACCAUGGGUCGGGUACCUCUAAACCCAAAUCCAAACUUUCCCCUCUUGUUCUCCCCCCCCCCCCAUGCUUUCCCUAAAUUGUGUUAUUCUAAUUUCUUAUCUCUAAAAAAUCCUCAUUUCUACU